AUGAACAUACUACCUGAAGAAGAAAUCAGAGGAAUCAAUGAAUUGGAAUCUGACUCAGAGGACUUGGGUGUAAGCUCAUUAUCUCUCUUAUUUGAAUCCAGAAACACCCCCAACCCUCUAACCACUACUGAGCUAACAACACUAGAGCUUCAUGAGCUUAUACACAAAGGCUACAUUGACCUCAGCCCCCUGUAUCAGAGAAACCUUGUUUGGAGCAGGGAAAAGCAAAUCAUAUUAAUAGAGUCAAUCCUUAGUAAUUACUAUAUUCCUCCUGUACUGUUUUGUGUCCAGCCUAAUCCAGACAGGUCUGAUAUACCUUUGAGGGUGUGUAUGGACAGAAAAAACCCAACCACAAAAAUGCUGUUCUAUUACAAGCUUCCUAGGACUCAGACCAGGAAGAAACAACUUCUUAAGGAGAGUUUAAAGAACGAGUUUGAUAAAAAAAUGAUUGUUUGUGUAGAGUAUAGAGGCAUUGAGCCUACAAAAAUGGUAGCCAUAUCAACACCAUUUGCUGACUGGAUAAUAGAGCUUGACAACACACAUACAGAUGGAGAUGACAAUAGACUGAAUGUGGUCCUCAGGUGGGAUACCAGUCAAGCAAAGCACUUUUCAUACAUUGUACAGCUUGUGUACUGUUGCAAGAAACUACCCAAGCAAUCGGAUGUGACCAAUCAGAAGAUCACAGUAUGGCUAUACUGUGAUGAUACACUAAAGGAGGAACUUAGACAGAAAAUCGAUUGGGUGCUCAAUAAAUACCAGCUUAUUACAAGUUCUGACAAUCUUAAUCAAGCAUUCACAAAGGUCAAACAAAUUGUUGUCCCAGUCAAUCAGCACACUGACAUUUGUACAAACAAACGUGUUACAAUAAUGUUAUGGGGAUACAUUGAAAAGGCUGCAGAGCAAUGUAGUAUUGUAAUGGAUACCUUGAACUCGACAGCUGUCACUAGUGGUAUAGGAAACAAGACAAAGCAAAAGUGA